UUCCUCUGGACUGUAAUGGCGUGUAAAAACACUCAGCUCUGGAAUGUAUGGAAUUUGUUUCCUGUGUUUGGCAUCAUGAGCGUAGAGGCUCGAGGAUCUGGACGCGUCGACGCGCUGCUCUGCUCUUGAUUUGUCGUCGCGUCGCGCGCGUGAUGGCGGAGCCGCUGCUCAAACGAACGUUUUCCAAACUGCGAGGAAAAGAGCGAUUCCGCCGCAAAACCGACCCAAAACUCACCGAAGUGACAGGGAAGGUGGAUCUCACCCAAAGUUCUUCAUCAUCAACAUCCACAGCAGCUCCAACAGAGACCGAGCUGACAGACGAGUGCACCAGACGCUCACAGAUCACAGUCUCCAAAAAACAAAACUGGGCCAAACAAUCCUCCACGUGCAGGGAGCCGGCCGGGUCCGGUCUAACCUACGGGCCGCAGGAUCGGGAUUUGUGCUCAAGGAACAUCCAGGUUUCCAAACAGGCCUGGAGCCAAAGGACUUUGAUUGAAGACGGCUCGAAGAGAAAGCAGAACGAUCUCGAAUUGGAGUUUGGAUCCUCCAGGACACCGUACGAGUCGGUUGAUGCGGGUUUACCGGAGUUGACCUCUAUCUCUACAGCUUACGCAGAUGCGUGCGUCUCACCCAGCGCAGCUAAGAUCUCCGGUCAGGGUGCUUACCUUCAGCAUCUGGACAGCAGCAGCAGAGCCUGGGUGUUGUCCACAGGAAAGACUCAGGCUUCGGACGAAACUUCAACCAGGAUCACAGCGCGGCAUCAGGGAUCGCAAGGAGAUGGUAACAUUUGGUACAACCCCAUUCCUGAAGAGGAUGACGUGCGGGCCGGUAGAGCAGUAGAUCUGGAAAAAUAUGGAGACCCAUGGAGAAAGAGAGAAACGGAAGGAUCGAUGAAGGAAAAACGAUCGGCCGGUUUCGUUCGUACUGGAGAUGCUGAAACAGAGACCAGCAGCAGGACGGACAGCUCAGAUCUGCUUGUGUUACAGUCAGAAUGCGUUCGCUCCGAUAGUCCUGGAGGGCCAAGUGGAAGUGGCAGCAGUGUGAUUGACAAGAUCAAGUCUCCAGGAACGGUGCGACGGCUCUCUAUGAAGAUGCGCAAACUUCCUGAACUAAGACGAAAACUUAGCCUGCGCUCGUCCCGUAAUCAACGGCACGGGCAGGGGAACGCCGGCGGAGCGCCGGAUGAGGCGUCGCCACCGAACGCACGUAAAGAAUCGUCUAACGUCAUCAGCAAGUACCAUCUGGACUCCAGCGCUCCCGCCAGGCCGAGACGUCGAUCCUCCAGAACGCGUUCUGCUAGUAAAGGAGGAUACCUCAGUGACGGAGACUCGCCUGAACUACUGCCGAAGCAGGGCUCGGGUCAGGCUUCGAAAGGGUCACCUACGACAUCCCCAUCUCACUGUGGACUUCAGGAGUCACCCGCUCUCAUAGAUGCAGAUUCGUUUCGCUUAUACUUACUGGCGGAUCAACCGCGCUGCGCUCAGCGUCUGUCCGGUCUGCUUACGGUUCACCUGCUGGGCGUCGACGAGCUGCUGCGUUCCCCGCGAAACGAUGCCACUAAAGAAGUUUUCUGUGCCAUUCAGGUGGACGGGGUGACCCGCGCUCGAACCUCCUUGUUGACCUGUCGAGGGCCGCGACUCCCGCUGAACCACACCUUUAACCUGGAGCUAGAGAGAGCACGACUGCUUAAACUGGUCAUCUUGACACCAAGCGCGACCGACGGAUCCGCUGCGUCCGGCACUCCGGCUCGUAAUCGAGUGUGUUGUGUGGGUGAAGUGGCCAUACCUUCAUUAUUCAAAGCCUCUCGCUCUCAGCAGCUGUGUGUGAGAUUAGAUCCUCGUGGUUUGCUGUAUGUAAAGUUGACACUGCUGGAGCAUUUCGUGACCCCGUUCCCCCGCCUCAGUGACCUUUCUCCCCCCACUGUGUUUGGGGUGGAGCUGCGCCAUCUGGUGGAGAAGGAGGCGUCUGCAGUUAAAGUUCCUCUGAUCAUUCAGAAGUGUGUGACUGAGAUUGAGCGCAGAGGACUGAGGGUUGUGGGGUUGUAUCGUCUCUGUGGUUCAGCAGCUGUGAAGAAGGAAUUGCGUGAUGCAUUUGAGAGGGACAGCACAGCGGUCGUAUUAAAUGAUGAACUCUAUCCUGACGUCAACGUCAUUACCGGUAUUUUGAAGGAUUAUCUGCGUGAACUUCCAUCAGCUCUCAUCACCAGGACUCUUUAUGAAGUUGUGCUGGAUGCCAUGAUGAUUCGACCGGCCUACAGGAGCGACACUCACAAAUCACAAGAGACCACAACACUUCUACACUGUCUGCCUGAACCAGAGAGGGCGACUCUGUCCUUCUUGUUGGAUCAUCUGAGUCUCGUGGCGUCCUACAGCGACUGUAACCGAAUGACCUGUCAGAAUCUGGCGGUUUGUUUCGGCCCGGUUCUUCUGACCCCCUCACAGGAGUCUUGGCAGGCCGGGCUAAAGGCACCCAGUCCGGGGUCAGCGAUGGGGUCCGGUCGAGGAGGACGGAGUUUUGCGCACAGCGAAGAGAUCGCCAGCGCCGUGGACUUCAAACGACACAUAGAGGCGCUGCAUUACCUUCUGAAGCUCUGGCCCGUACCCAAAGGAAGAGUGACGGAGGAUUUGGACCAAUCACACUUCACCGCAGAGGUCCGCUUUCCUCUCGCAUCCCAGAAUUCCUCACUGCGACGGGCUCAGCGUGUGCCGCUUCGCGUGGAGCUUCCGUCAGCUCAGGAUGUGGUGGUGGUUUCCCGCAGGGGGCGUGGCCGACUGGAGAGUCCGCCCUGUAACCGUUACGCUGGUGACUGGAGCGUAUGUGGGCGGGACUUCCUGUCUAACGACGAGGCAGAUUACGACGAGGUCGCGGGCAGCGAGAGCGAUGAUGACAUUGAAGAGAAGAAAACAGACGUGUGGGCGUCACCUGCCGGUUUGUAUGUGGAUGAUUUCGCUCUCGAUGACUUUGACGCCCCCUUCACGUGUCGACUGAGUCUGAAAGACUUUGAUAAUCUCAUUUCAGAUAUGGAGAGAGAGUUUGCCAAACAGAUCAACAUCUGUCUUUAAAACAAAGCAUGUCAUGGGAUUGAGGAGUUGACAAAUAAUUAUCCACAUCUUAAAUCAUCCAUCACAUCUCGCUAGGGAAGCAAAGGGGCGGAACGUUUUUGGAAACUUUCCAUGGGAACUUAAUCUGGGGAAUAUUUUGGAAAUAUUCCAAAUUGGAAAUUUAGCUGGAAUUUAUUGGAAGUAUUUGGGGAAAUUUAUAUAAACUCUGUCAUAUACAAACAUAAAUAAACAUUUAGUUUGGUCAUAAGCAGACAUGCAUGCAAUGUAAUACACAUUUUAAACAAUCCUAAUACUUACUCUCAUCAAGCCGUGGAUUUAUUUGAUCAAAAAUCCUUCAGAAAUCAUUCUAAUAUAAAUAAUUUCUGGAUGAUUUUUUGUUUUUAACAAAAUUAUGCUGCAAAACCACAUUUAAGCUCCCUAUUAUAGGCAACUUCAAUUUUUUCCUGUUAAUUCCCAUGGAAAGUUUCCAGCCUUGAAAAUUCCCAGAAUUUUGCGCUCAUAGUUUAAAUAUCGAGUUUAAAAGGGUUUCUUGAUAACCCUGCAUGUUCUGUAUCAUCCGUUUGUUCUCGUUGAUCUGUUUAUGAAAGCGUGACUGCUUCCUCAUCCUCUAAUGCCAAAAACUCAGCUGAUGCAUCACAGACGCUCAAAUGUCUCAUUUACGUUCAUGCAUUUGGCAGACGCUUUUAUCCAGAGCGACUUUACAAGUUCUAAAUGUUUUUAAUCAGUAUGUGUGUUCCCAGGGUUCAAACCCAUGACCUUUUGCGCUGCUAACGCCUCACAGCAGCUACUGUAUUAUUUUAUAAAGCACAAGAGUUAUCAGUAUCUGAUCUAUAUUCAGUCUUAUAUCCAGUGUUAUGUUGAAAGGGAGAUACAGGUGUGUAGAUUAUUAUUAUUGUCAUAAUGUGUUUGAAUGAGGUUGGCCGAUGUCAGAAAAGACAGACGUGUGUCUGAACUGAGGCAGAAGGAUCUAUGUUAUUAUGUUAUGUUAUGUUUUGUGUUAAGUUUAUUUGAUCUCUGUGUACGACUUUUAUUCUGAAAGGCUGCUGUGCGUCUCUGUGCCCAAUCGUCUGCGUCUGGGCCAAGAUUUCAUCAAAGUUUCCAGCAGGACAUUUUGUUAAACACGAUUCACUGCCCAGAGUUUCUUAAGGGCGCUGACAACAACAUUACAAUAGUGAAGGACUCUGAAGAAAAACUUGCCUUUCUUGUGUUAGAUUUGUGUUUUUAAUGUUUAAUGUGAGUUUCAGUUACAUUCCCCUGAGAUCAUACGAGAUGUUGAAGAAACGCUUCUGCUUUAAUAUCAGUUCUAGUCUAAAGUAAUUCUGGCUUAAUAGUUAUUAACAAAAUAACCAAACAAAAACCGCUGUUACACUAAAGCAUUGAGAAUGGAGGACAGAUGCUUCAUGAAGUAUAAUUUCGUUAAAGCAAUUAAAUCUUUAUUUGAACAGUACAGAUGUCUAAAUGGUCAAAAUAAUACCACAACAUGAAAUAUUGGAUUUAAAGAGAUAGUUUAUUGAAAAUGAAAAUCCUGUCAUCAUUUACUCAAGUUUUUCUGAAUCUGUAUAAAUGUUUUUGUUCGGCUGAAUACAAAUGAAGAUAUUUUGAAGAAUGUUUGUAAGCAAACAGAUCUGGGGCACCAUUGACUUCCAUAGUAGGAAAACAAUGAUACUAUGGAAGUGAAUGGUGCCCCUGAUCUGUACUGUGGGCAGAACAUUUCAUUCUUUGACAGUAAACUCAAAAACAAAAAGCUCAACAUGUCACAUAUCUUUGGAAAGCUGAGAUUCUUGAGAUUUGAAUGAUGUAAACCAUUUUAUGAUACAACACAGCAGGUACAUAAGGGUGUCUUUUUUAUGCUAAGGGGUUAAUAUUUUUCAGAAUUUCUUCAUUUGUGUCCAGAAGAAAAGAGAAACUCAUACAGGUUUAGAACAAACUAUCCCUUUAACUUAAAUAAGUUAUCAGCCAGACUCUGUAUUUUAACAUGCAUCAUGUUGUCCUUCAUUGUAAGUGCAUUACUGUGACUAGUUAAAUUUGUUAAAUACAGGGUUUAAAUGAAACAUGCUGUUGAUCUUAAAUCAGAUGUGUGUGUUUCUCAGUUUGAAGGUGGACCUGCGGUUCAGACAAAGCAGUGUUUUUAUUUUCUGAUGAGAUUAAGCUACUAAUAGUUUAGUUUUGGUUGAGUUUAAGCUGGUAUUUCAGCACUUUUAAAUGCAUCACAUUAACCUUAUACUGAAACCAGAGCAUUCCUUUGAAACCAUAUCAGUACAUCAUGUAGAUGUUAUAAUCCAGACGUCUGUUUUCUCUGCAGAAUUUCAGUGUUAUUCUUCACUAGAGUAUAUUUGCACACUUUAUGAUGUUUAUUUGAUUUGUUUGCUGUUUUAGUAGAAGCAGAUUAAAUCCUGCAACACACACACAUGUACAGUGUAAGAUGUAUUAAUUCAUACUGUACUGUCUUUAUGAAUAUACCAAAGAUAAUGUUCAUGCUUUUAUUGCACUUAUAGCUUUUAUACGUUGUGCCUUUGCUGCUUAACCUGUUCUGAGAUCAGUCGAUACAAGCAGCUCUUUCUUUUAUACCUGAGCGCGGUACAAAUAAUUUCAACUGUGAUUUGAAUCUAAAAGCCAUGAAUGGAAUACGAGGCCAUAACUGAGCCCAUGAGCUCCACAUGCAAGCUGUUUUACAUUUUGUAUUUUGAUUUUGUUUAGUUGUAUAAACAGUAUUCUAUUCUAAUAUGAUUGCACCUGUAACAUGAAGCACUUGUGUUUGUUCUCUUACACAUCUCUGUCUGUGUGUGUGUAAGUAAUGAACUCAGUACCAUUCAGUGUUAAUAAAGCUCAGUGUUAUGUUUCUAAAA